AUGAACUUCGAACAUCAUAGUAACUCUGUGAACGAGAGCACUCAGGUCCAAACGUCUAACUUGUGGAAGGAUAAGCUGCGGCCGGACGCCAAGUUCACAGUUUGUUGUAUGCAAAACGGCCUAUGUGCCGACAAACGAUGCGAUCAUACCAAUGCCGCG